AAAAAUCCCAUGCGGUAUAUAAGACUCCCGAGACGCCGAAACAGACAUAAGCUGACUUACUUCCGAGUAACAAGCAAUCCACAACCAAUCACCAUGUUCAAGCUGGCUGUCUUCGUUGCCAUCCUGGCUGUUGCUUUCGCCGCUCCCGGUGGUCUCACCGGCGUAGCCAUCAGCUCUGGCCUCGGCCCGAUCACCGCCCCGCAGGUCAUCGCUGCCGGCCCGGCGAUUUCCCACGGCGCCGUUGUCCUUGCCCAGCCCAUUGCUCCCGCUGUCCACACCGCUCCGGUCGUCACCAGGACCGUCUUGGCUGGACACGGACUUGGAAUUGGAAUUGGUGGUCUCGCUCUGCACGGUUAAAUUAGGAGAGCCAGCUGAACUCAUCACCACCACCGAGUCACGACGACGCAGCCCUGGAUGAAAAAAAAUAGACACACAUCCCCUACUUCCUCGUAAAAUUGACCUCGUAAUACGAAGGAAAGACCGUUUCUCGAAAAAAGACGACAAAUUUUUCCCAUCAUCGACUCUUAUCGCCGUUCUCCAUGCGUGAACCAUCAGGCCCGUCCAACACGGGGAGAACGAGACUUCAAAAGAAGGACGCGGAUCAAACAGGACUCCAACGCUCCGCGCGAGAUCGGUCAAAUCCCCCUUUGUCUUUUUUUCGUACUUCAUCGACAAAACUUUCGGAACUCUCACCCGGCUCAUUUCCGCCCAUCAUUCCUGAACCCUACCCUCGUUCAUAUGGAAUUUUAAUAAAAUUUUAAUUAUAUAAAACCAA